CAAAAAUCACUGAGCUUGUCUGAUACUUCAUUUCACCUGUAUUUCAGGAACUAGCCUAGAAAUGUCAUCUGCCAAUGUGAAAAAACAGACCCCAGGCAACCAACCUGCUCCAAGUUUGCCUGCACCACUCACUGAUUGGAAAAUCCAGUAUACUAAGAUAUUCAUUAACAAUGAAUGGCACAAUUCAGUUAGUGGCAAGAAAUUCCCAGUCUAUAAUCCUGCGACUGAAGAAAAAAUCUGCGAGGUAGAAGAAGGAGAUAAGGAGGACAUUGACAAAGCUGUGAAGGCUGCAAGGCAGGCUUUUCAAAUUGGGUCACCGUGGCGUACAAUGGAUGCUUCUGAGAGAGGAAGACUCUUGAACAAGCUGGCAGAUUUAAUUGAAAGGGAUCGUCUUCUGUUGGCAAUGAUCGAAUCGGUGAAUGGAGGAAAACUGUUUUCAAGUGCAUUCACAAUGGACUUGGGUGGCUGUGUUAAAACUUUGCGCUACUGUGCAGGUUGGGCUGACAAGGUCCAUGGCCGCACCAUCCCAAUGGAUGGAAACUUUUUUACAUUUACAAAGCAUGAACCGAUUGGUGUUUGUGGCCAAAUCAUUCCUUGGAAUUUUCCUUUGGUCAUGUUUGUUUGGAAGAUUGGACCUGCCCUUUGCUGUGGAAACACAGUGGUUGUCAAGCCAGCAGAACAAACUCCUCUGACUGCCCUAUACAUGGGUUCCUUAAUCAAAGAGGCUGGAUUUCCACCUGGGGUGGUGAAUAUUGUUCCUGGUUAUGGCCAUACUGCUGGAGCAGCUAUUUCCUCUCACAUGGAUGUUGAUAAAGUGGCCUUCACCGGGUCCACGGAGGUUGGUAAAUUGAUCAAAGAAGCUGCUGGAAAGAGCAAUCUGAAGAGGGUCACUUUGGAGCUUGGUGGAAAAAGCCCUUGCAUCAUAUUUGCUGAUGCAGAUUUGGACAGUGCUGUGGAAUAUGCACACGUGGGUGUGUUCUACCACCAAGGCCAGUGUUGCAUUGCAGCAUCUCGGGUUUUUGUGGAAGAACCUAUUUAUGAUGAGUUUGUUCGCCGGAGUGUGGAACGUGCUAAGAGGUACACGCUUGGAAACCCAUUGACUCCUGGAGUUGAACAAGGUCCUCAGAUUGAUAAGGAACAGUAUCAGAAAAUACUUGAUCUAAUUGAGAGUGGGAAAAAGCAAGGCGCCAAGCUGGAAUGUGGAGGAGGCCCUUGGGGAAACAAAGGCUAUUUUGUCCAGCCCACGGUUUUCUCUAAUGUGACAGAUGAGAUGCGCAUCGCCAAAGAAGAGAUAUUUGGGCCAGUGCAACAGAUCAUGAAGUUUAAAACUAUAGAUGAAGUGAUCAAGAGGGCAAAUAACACUCUCUAUGGUUUAGCAGCAGGGGUUUUUACCCAAGACCUGGAUAAAGCCUUGACCCUUUCAUCUGCCCUUCAGGCUGGAACAGUGUGGGUUAACUGCUAUAGUGCAGUUUCUUCUCAAUGUCCCUUUGGAGGAUUCAAGAUGUCUGGGAAUGGCCGAGAACUGGGAGAAUACGGCAUCCAAGAAUACACAGAAGUCAAAACUGUCACUGUCAAAAUUUCGGAGAAGAACUCUUAAGGCUGCUGCCAGAGUGGAACAUAACCUCUUCGAUGUCAAGCGCAACUUACAAUGGCUAGCUUAUUGUGAAAGAUUUUAGAUCUAAGAGAUUUUUUUCCUGAUUGGUUUAAAAAGAUGAGCUUUUAAUUAUAUUAGCAGCAAUAUGCAAAGUAUAGAAACUUUAAAUGUGACAUUCUAAAAAGAUCACUUACUUUCUGACAUUCAAGCAAAUCAACCAAUUCUUGUGUUCUAGUCAAAUGAGACAUACUUUUUCUGAUAUACAAUCUCUCCAGCACUGUAGCAAUCACACUUUUCUAGUACAUACUUCUUGUACAGUUUGAUUUGCCAUGUGGUGUUUCAUUUUAGAAAUGUGGGAUGACCAGGUGUUGUUAUGCUUUGUUUCUUUAAUGACCAUUUAAGAAAAGCACUUAAUUUACAUACGUAAUAUCAGAUAGAUGCUCUGCUCAGUUUUGGUGAUGUGUUAGUUGUCUUUUGAAUGUUUCUAAUCAUGCUAAACCUGUUUAUCCAAUCAAGUAAUACUAAACUGUAAUCUGGAUGUAAACCUCAUUAAAACAAUAAAAACUUA